GAUAACGGAAACGUCGAGUCGCCGCUCACACACGAAAGCACGGUCAAUAGUGAAUAGAUCGAUUAGUCUCAGCGGUGCAGGCAGUGGUGAGUAGGAAGGAAACGAACGGAAACGCUGCUGUCCGUCUUAAUUUGACGCUCCCAACGUCACGUUUCCAUUCCCACGGUUGUCUGAACGCCGUAACACCAUCACGUCCAGUGAAACAACAACGUUUCCGGUUCACCAGUAGGGGCGCUACCCUAAGUGCGACCUACCCUCGAACGUUUUCCGUGCCGCCCGCCCCGUAAACACCGAACUCCCCGUCGACAAGUAUCCAGCAACAGUCGUCGCCAUGAUCGGUGGUCUGUUCAUGUACAACCACAAGGGUGAGGUGCUGAUAUCGCGAGUGUACCGCGACGACAUCGGCCGCAACGCCGUGGACGCAUUCCGCGUGAACGUCAUACACGCACGCCAGCAAGUCCGAUCGCCGGUCACCAACAUUGCGCGCACGUCGUUCUUCCACAUCCGCCGGGCCAACAUCUGGCUGGCCGCCGUCACCAAACAGAAUGUCAAUGGUGCCAUGGUGUUCGAGUUCCUCAUACGGUUCACGCAAGUCAUGCAGUCGUACUUCGGUAAGAUCAACGAGGAGAACAUCAAGAACAACUUUGUGCUCAUCUACGAGCUUCUUGACGAGAUACUCGACUUUGGUUACCCGCAGAACUGCGACACUGGCGUGCUCAAGACGUUCAUCACUCAGACGGGCGUCAAGUCGCAGAGCAAGGAAGAGCAGAUGCAGAUAACGUCCCAGGUCACUGGCCAGAUCGGAUGGCGACGCGAGGGCAUAAAGUACCGUCGUAACGAACUGUUCCUUGACGUACUCGAGUAUGUCAACCUGCUCAUGUCGCCCCAAGGACAGGUAUUGUCCGCGCAUGUGGCCGGUCGCAUACUCAUGAAGUCCUACCUGAGCGGCAUGCCCGAAUGCAAGUUUGGUAUCAAUGAUAAGAUUGUAAUGGAGUCCAAAGGCACCAAGAUCCUUGAUGACACGGGCUCUAGGACGGCCUCUGGUAAGCCAGUUGUUGUCAUUGAUGACUGUCAAUUUCAUCAAUGUGUAAAACUUUCAAAAUUUGAAACCGAGCAUUCCAUAAGUUUCAUCCCGCCUGACGGUGAAUUUGAGUUGAUGCGUUACCGUACUACAAAAGAUAUAUCAUUGCCGUUCAGGGUUAUACCGUURGUGAGAGAAGUGGGACGUACUCGUAUGGAAGUGAAAGCAGUAUUAAAAUCUAAUUUCAAACCCUCCUUGUUAGGUCAGAAAAUAGAAGUCAAAAUUCCCACACCAUUGAAUACUGCUGGAGUUCAAUUGUUAUGUCUAAAAGGCAAAGCCAAGUACAAGGCUUCAGAUAACGCAAUUGUGUGGAAAAUUAAGAGGAUGGCAGGCAUGAAAGAAACACAGCUCUCAGCUGAAAUUGAUCUUUUAGAGACUGACACUAAGAAAAAAUGGACAAGACCACCAAUUUCUAUGAAUUUUGAGGUACCAUUUGCUCCUUCUGGAUUCAAAGUCAGAUAUUUAAAAGUUUUUGAGCCCAAGUUGAAUUAUUCUGAUCAUGAUGUUGUCAAAUGGGUUCGUUAUAUUGGGCGAAGUGGAUUGUAUGAAACUAGGUGUUAAUCAGACAAAACUAUUAUAUUUGUUUUAAUCGUUUCUCAAUAUUCUGGUCCAAAAUUAUCUACAUACUGAUUAUCUAUGUCAAAUGUAAUAUUGUUUCAUAUUAUUGUGAUUUUAAUUUAUAAUCCAUCAGUAUGUGUGGUAUGAUUAAAUAUAUUUAUUGUUAUUUAGGCUAGUCGUUUUAUGUUCAUUUUAUAUACAUAAUAAAUAAUAUUUCCAUUUUAAUCAGCGGGGGCUCGUCUAAAUGUGCACUACUUACCCAAACUCAAGAAAAAUUGAAAACAUAAMUSAUUAUAAUAUAACUAAGUACCUACCUGAAGUGUUAUUAAGAUUAUUUUUCAAAAUAUAAWAAUAUAAAUUCAGAAUAUUAAGAAAACAAUAUAAUUUUUGGAUUGGGUUUUUUUCGAAAGCCAAACAGUCUGGCAGUUGUCCGUGACUGAACAGUAUCGAUGUGUAUUAUAGUGAUACAGUAGUGCACACAAUCGCUGUGCACAUAACCAAAUAACUUGUUUCAGUAAAUUAUUUUUKAUGUCGGCAUUGAGAAUAUAAUAUAUUUUUACUCUCAUUUGUUUAUUAUAUUCCGAUUAUCAGCUGAUAAUGUUACUUGAUCAUUAUCAGAAAUUCAAAACAACAAUCGCGUUAAACAAAUUAAAAGAUACCUAAUUGGUAAAUAACUAAAAUUUGUAAACAAUUAUUUACUACGAUUUUUAA